GUAGCGGCAUAUGCUUCCAGUGUGCGUUUCGGUGUCUGUCAGCUCCAGCAGAGGUGGCUAAGAUUAGACAUUUUGGGUAGUGGCUGCGCAUUUCUUAAUGUGGGUGUCAGUCCGACCUGCAGAAAUGACGACGUAACGCUGAACUUUGCGGUGCCAGCCGGUGAGAUUGGCUGCAGGAGGCUGAUGCCCACCUGCUUCCAACUGGGGCUGAAAAUGAUAUUUCCUUAUCUUGUCAGGAAUGGAACCAGUGUGAGCUGCACAUCAUUUAGCAGAAGCAGUUAUUCAUUAUGGCAUUGUUCGCAGGGUGUCUCCUCCUCAGUGUUCUCAAAUUAAAAUGCCGGGCAGUGUAAUAAUAGGCUGCUGCUGCUGCUGCUUUCCUGUAAAAGCAGAGCUGUGGCCGGGCCCAUCGCUGCUGUCUGGCAGGAUGCAACCUUCAGCUGACUUGGAGCAGAGCAGAAUAAGACCCGGAGGCUUAAAACUCAAACACUGGCUGCACAGAGAUGAGGCUCCGUGUGCUGAAAUCAUUCACAAUUGGAUUCUGCAGAAACCUGCAGAUAAGUGCAAUCUCUACCCCUCUGAAAAAUCACUAUAAUGUUGCUAAAUGAAGUCAUAGUCUGUCUGUAGUGAAUUAAAAUGACCAUAUCCUGCUGCAUGGUAGCUAUUUAAUCUCUUGUGGUAUCAUCACAGUGGAUAUGAUAUUUCUCAGGGGACAUCAUUUGAUAGCAUCCCUUUAAAGCCCUUCUAAAAUGAAUUCAAAGGUAAUUGUAGGUCUUUACUGGUAAGUUAAAAGCAUUCGUGCCUGUGAUGACUCUCAUUCAGGGUCUUCUCGACUCUUGAAGAAGGUGCUUCUGAGGUGAGGAAACAACAUGUGAUGCUCUUUUCCAACAAAGUAUCGGUGUGACUUAGUUCAGCCAGGUUUCAGUUCAUUUUGAGGACUUAGCAACUCACUUUCCCGGCAGCCUCAAACAGUCAAGUGAUUGCUGCUUUAUACUUUCUCUGCCAAUUUCUCUGUGAUCUACAUUUGCAAAGACUGCAGUGUUACAGGAAAUGUGGUGUCUCCAUGGAAACUGAGGCUGUCAAAUGAUGAUGACAAAGUGAUGUUAAUAUUUGAAAGGCCGCCUGUUAGUCUUCAAAACUGUGAGCUGCACACCAUUAAAAGCUCAUUACAAAAUGCACGACUCUAACCUGUGCUUGUUUGCAAUUUUAAUCUUUUAAAAUCACCAGUCACAGGUACUGAUAGAGAUUUAUAUCUGUUAUGACUUCAACACACAUAUCCCACUUUCUAGAAGCGAAGAAGAGGGUCUUCUACAGCACUGUACCGCUGUAAACUGGUAAUUCAGUGUUUGUAUUCUUCAAGUAUUUCAUAUCAAAAAUGGCCCAGAUGCACAUUCAUUACGCCUUAAAUCCCCAUGCAGUCAGACUAUGUUCCAAGUUUCAUCUUCAGAUAGCUGGGUAUAUGCAAAAACCUGCGGAAAAACACAUUGAAAACUCAGUGACUCUUAGCUGAGGGAAAUGAUUGUGAAAGUUAACCUAUAUCUCAUUUUGCUGGAGUCCCUGAAAGCCCCUCAAGGACCUCUGAAGGUCUCUGAGAUCCCACUGUGGGACGCAAUGGCCUAGAUUUCCCUCUUUCACAUGAUUUAUCAUUACGCAGUGUAAUAUUAGUAGUAGUAGGCUAUAGUAUAACAUGAAAAUACAAGAAAAUACCAAUAGUCAAGAGGGUAUUAAUACUGUAGAUGCAAAAGGACAAAACACAAUGUUAAAAAAGGAUUACAGAGUAUGACAUAUUACAUGAUGGAAAUAAAAGAUCAAUUUGCAGUUUGUUUAAUUUAUUUCAAAUUACAAUAAGUGUUGUUGCUGAAAGUAUCAGGAGGCAUUAAUGAUGCACACAGUGUAUAAAAUGACAAUAUACUGAUAUUUAAUUAAAUUAAAAAGCAAAAAUAUUAUAAAAUACAAUAAAUAGUGAACCUUUUUUUUCAAAUGUGCCAAUGAACAUCAUUCAGCCGCUAUAAGAAGGUGAAUUCGUCAUUCAAAAUUAUAUAAAAUAUAUGAAUAAGUAAUAACUAAUAAGUAGUUAGUAAUAAUUGUAAAGAAAAAACAUGUACCAAAUAAAUAAAAAAAUUAAAAAAAUUAAAAAUCCUACAACCAUAAAACUAAUACCAACGUCAUGUGACGUCAUCGCGCCAACCGGACCAAUGACAUUGCGUCUGGCAAGUUUUGCCGGGAGGAGCGGAGCUGAGCUGGAGUGGUUAAGCUACACGGCUCCAGAUGUGUGCUGAUGUUGUCUUCGGGGAAGCACAAUGACUGGGCAGCAACCACAAGCUUUGUUGUUGGGCGGAGCAUUAGCUACUAGCCUUCAACUUUAGCUAACAUGCUAGCACCGGCUAGUUUCAGGUAACAAUAACCGGCUCUAGACUCACAUGCCUGCCUUCGUUGUUUUACUGCUGCUUGGCUAGCUAACAACAGCCGGUCUCCUGUCCUCGGCCUGACCUCAUGGAUCCCGGUGCAAGUGAACUGGACUCCAGCCUGCCUCAGCCCGAGAACCCGUGUCUGAUCGUGGAGGACUCCCAGCCGGACAGCGUCGCCCUGGAGGACGACCCUGAGAGCAGCUACCGAGCCCUGCUGGCCCGCCGCCUGUCCAGUCUGCAGCCCACCGCCCGCAGCCCUGUUCUGGAACUGAUAUCCUCCCCGCUAGGAAACAGAUACUCUCAGACUGACAGCCAAUCAGAGAGCUCCCAGAGUAACAGCCAGGCUGAACCCGGCAUUCUCAUGGCAGCCAACCCCAGUUCAGCAUUCCAGGAGGAAAGUCAAGUUAUAAACAUUUGCCCUCCUCCAAACAAGAAAAAGUGUGCACCAGAGGACACUGAUAUGGAGUCUGGAGCUGAUUCUACCACACACUGCAUUCAGUCUGAGGAGGGAACCUCUCAGUUUGGUUUUCUCGAGCUUUCUCAGAGUCAGGAUCUGCGUGGUGAAGUGAACAGUCAGGAGGAAGAAGAAGACAUUGUACCUCAGCCAGACAGCGAGAGACGCACCAAAUUAGCAGAGCAGAAAAUCAGCCCCAUGACUUCUGAGAGUCAGGACCACAAAGCAGUGAGAUCUGAAGUGAGCUCCAGCAGCUCUUUGGAGUCUCCGGGUCAGUCGGGCAGGCAGCUGAGUGUCCAGGCUCUGCUGCACUCACAGGGCCUCCAGGCCUCUGGUGAGCAGGACCAGCAGGACUGUGAGAUCCUGUCCUCACAGGAGGACCUAUUCGACACUGACAAGACAAGUAAAUACAUGCGUGCUGCAGUAGACAGCACAGUGUCUGAGCCGGAGCAGCAGGGUCACCCCACCCCGACACCGGCCCACACCCUGCGACUGCUGCAUCUGUCUGGACAGGGAACACUGGUGCAGCAAAGUCUGUCCCAGAGCUCUGUUGACUAUGUUGCCCCCACCCCAGACAACUUCACCCACACCCCUUUGAUUGUUCCCAGCUCACCAACCGGGCCAGAGAAUGAACACAGUGCUGAUGAAGCGAUGGAUACUUCACUGCCCCCAGAAGACCGAGCAGGGGAAAAGGAAGAGCCAAUGGAAACGGAGGCCACCUCUAAGCCACACCCAUCUGCCUCUACUCCUAUAUCCCAGAAUUCCCCUAGUUUUGUGUUAGAGCGAACUCUCUCUUUACCCUCCCAGCCAGAGUUCUCUCACGACGCGUUCGUCCCAACGCAGAGCCAAGAGGCAACACAACAGUCUGAUAAGAAGACGGCAUCAUUGCCUCCCGAGACACAGUCUCAACGUCUGGAGUCAGCUCCUUUCACUUUGCCUUUGCAGCUCUCUCUGAACACGGAGAGCAGUAGCCCAGCUCACCAGACCUCAGAACAUACUGAGGACGACAGCCAGGCCACGCAGAUAGAGGAACUGGAAAAGCCGCCCGGUGUCGACACCAGCGACUCUGUGAUUUCACGCUGCGAUCAGAGGAGCGAGAGCAACGGCGUCCCUUCAGAGUCCCAAACUGCUACCAGUUCCAAAGCUUCCACGUCUGCUGAAUCACCAAACCAUCGCAGCGACUUUGCCAAGAACGAGCAGUCCAAGUCCAAUCUGUCGCAAAAGUCUGACAUGCACAAAAAGACAGCAGCUUCUUUGAAUGUACAAAAUGUUAAUGUAAUAGACAGCAAGAGUGCCAGCAAAGAGACGAGCUCUGCUGAUGUGGUAUCCUGCUCUCAACCAAAGUUUGAUUCCACUGAUCUGACUGUUAACAGCUGUGUGCCGGAGACUCCCUCAGACACUACACCCUGCAGUUUGCCCUCGCAGUCUACGAUCUCUCAGACAUCUGUUGUAGAUGCGGUGAAGGGCUCUGUAGACUUGAGAGGAGGAGGAACUGCAAAGAGUCAGUCUGCAGAAUCAUUGUCACAGAAGUGCGGAACAGCUGGUAACAGUCAAACAGUCAAAGACAUGGUGGAUAAGCGUGAGCAGGGAGAAGAAGAGGAUGUGGUGAUGGAGGAGGAGCAGAGCACUGUGGGAGGCGGGGCCUCAGGAAUGGCUCUGGUUCUCUCUCAGAGCCAGCUGUUGUGUCCUGAGCCCAUGGAGGAGGAGAGUGAAGACAGAGGUGAGGACAGUGUCAUCGUUGUUACAGACAGCGAGAGAGACUCCCAGAUUCUACAGAAAGACGUGACGCCACAGUCAAAGACCAACAGUUCCCAGCCAAUCGGAGGCAAAGUGUCCAUCUCCACUAAUGGCCAUCAGUCCCAGGCACAGACAAAGAAGGUGCACGUGGCUCCUGAUAGGCUCUCCCAGACUGAGGGGACGGAGCCUGAACCAGAGGGGCUCAAAGACAAGAGCCUGAGCGAUAGCUCAGGAGAAAUUUCCUUCCACUUCACACUUCCUAAAGAAGGGGAGCUGAUUGGUCCUGUUGUAGGUGCCACGCCCCCUCUAAUCAACCAGCUGAAGCAGACGCUGAGACACAGCACUCCCAUUGAGAUCACUUCCUUUUCUGAAAAGUCAGACGUGGUGGGUGAUGUCUCUGCAGAUGCAAUGGCAGCCAGUGACAUUGUGUCGGGGGAAAGCGGCGAGGACACGACGGAAAAGGGAGACGGGAAGCUGAGUUUGAGGAUGAAGCUGGUGACCCCCGUCGAAGAGGGCAGCUCGGAGCGCUUCAGCCUGCAGAAGCCAACACUAUCAGAAGAGGAUGGAUCUGUGGUCAAGGUCACCACAGUUGCCAAGGCUAUAACCAGCAGCCCGUCAGUGUUCAGUCGCGUCAGGCAGGUGCACAGACAGCAGGAUGCAGAGGAGGACAGCCAGACUGGAGGCAACACCACACCUGUCAGAGGGGAGCUGUUCGCGUCACCACAGAGGAGCUCCCAGGCGCCCUCGCUGGGAUGCAACAGCCUCCCCAACAGCCAAUCAGAGCCUUCACAACAGGAAGUGUCGGCAACACCGCAGGCGACCCCUAAGGAUCCUCCCGGCCCUGCCGAGCAGUCCGCAGAUAGGCGAGGACCGCCUGAAGCUCCAGAGCCACCCACCCCAGUCAGGACAGAUGCCAGACAGAGGGUUUCCCAGCAGACCUUUGACAACAUCAUCACCUCCAGUCCGUCCAACAAGCUGCGUCAGCGGACAGUCUCCCAGCAGACCAGCUUCGAUGCACCGGGGCUGCGCUCCCCAGCUGGCAGGGGUGAACGAGAGUCUCCGUCCUUUAGAAGAACCACAGGCCCCUCCCACCGCAGACACGUGCGAACCAUCCAGGAAGUGCGGACCACAGUCACAAGGAUCAUCACAGACGUGUAUUAUGAGGACGGCAAAGAGGUGGAACGCAAAGUCUCAGAGGAGAGCGAAGAGCCAGUGGUGGACUGCCAGGUGUUGGACAGCGACAUCUCCCCAUGCCGCACCGGCAGCUCUGUGACCUCUGGUGACCUGGGUGACAUCAGCUCUCUGUCGUCCAAGGCCUCCAGUCUGCAGCACAGCUCCGGAGGAACCAGCAGCAGCAUCGGCUUCAGCAGGCCGGACUUCAUCAUGCCGCCCAGCCGGGGGGCCAAAUCCAUCAGUCCCAGGAGGGGAGGCGGGCAGCAACAGAGGGGUCACAGGGGUCACAGGGGUCACAGGGCAGGGUCAGUGAUCACAAUGGACAGAGGCUACGGUACCCUGGGGUCCCGGGCCUUCAUCCCGCUGACCCCCAGAGGAAGGGCUAGAAGGGGCCGACCCCCGUCCCGCUCCUCCCUGUCCAGGGGAGGUGGUGUUGGCUCACUGCAGAGGCUUGGUGCUCACGGCCAGCCACAGUCGUCCUCAGAGGAUGAACCCUACACCCGCAUGCUCCCCCCACGCCUCCCCAUCAGCCCAACAGACGCCGAGCUCCCCAGCCACUCCGACUCCCUCAGGUCAUCACCGGAGGAGGCGAGCUCGGUCGGAAGCAGCUUCGUCGGCCUGCGGGUGGUGGCCAAGUGGUCGUCCAAUGGCUACUUCUACUCAGGCCGCAUCAUCAAAGACGCCGGGGAGGGGAGAUUCCGUCUGCGGUUUGAUGACGGCUACGAGUGUGAGGUGGCGGGGAAGGAUAUCCUGCUGUGUGAUCCCAUUCCCCUGGAGACGGAGGUGACUGCUCUGCUGGAGGACGAGUACUUCAGCAUAGGUGUUGUGAGGGGCCAUAAAACAGAGGGGCAGGAGCUGUUCUACAGUGUGGAGAAGGACGGCCAGAGGCAGUGGUACAACAGGACCUCGGUCAUCCUGUCUCUGGAGCAGGGAAACAAGCUGCGGGAGCAGCACAGCCUCGGGCCCUACGAGCCCUCCAUUCCCCUGGCCAAGGCCUCCGAUAUCAGCCUCGAUAACCUGGUGGAGGGGAAGAGGAGGCGCAGAGGAGCCCCAGAGGGUCAGAACACUCCCAACCGCAGCUCCUCCAGCAGCCCCAGAACCCCCGGCCCCUCCGGCAAGAGGAAGCUGAUGACCUCCGAGGAUGACAGGACGCCGGCCAAGAGAGGCCGCAGGGGCCCGGGCGGCAGAGCCGCUCAGCGGGUCGGUGUGUGUAACACCUCUGGCAGUGGCACAGAUCUCCCCGGUCAGUCUUGUGAUGUGGCAGACACUCACGGUCCGCUGCCACAGAACACGUCUCUCUUCAUGGGCUUCGCCUUCAUGCUGACUGCCUCGUCUGAGAGCGACCGGCUGACUAACAAGAUCACCAGCGAUGAUGAGGAGGAUUACGUGCAGACAGGUCCGUUUAACAAAGUAUACACAGAGUCCCAGCUGCAGGCAGGUGGAGGCUUCAUCCUGCCAGACUUCAAUGAAGAACAGUGUAAGGCAGCUUACCAGAGCCUGCUCAUUGCAGACCAGCACUGUCGUACAAGGAAGUACAUGCUGUGUUUGGCCAGUGGUGUGCCGUGUGUGUCACACAUCUGGGUGCAAGACUGCUGCAAAGACAACAAGCUGCUCAACUACAGGAACUACCUGCUGCCUGCUGGCGUGGGGCCAGAUGACGCUAUAGUAGAAUGGCAUCCCCGCUGCAGCCCGUUCAAGGCUCUACGGGUCCUUCUGGUGUUUGAGAAGCCAGUGGAGCUUUGGGCACAGCUGAUCACCAUGGGUGGAGGUUCCUCUGUCCGGCAGUUCCAGGCAGACAAGGACAGCUCAGACAUUCCUGCUGGCAAGUAUGAUGUUGUGGUGACAGACCAUGCCUGUCCACCAUUGGUAGAGAAAAAUGUGACAUCACAGGAAGUCCCACUGGUGUCUCCUGAGUGGCUCAUCCAGAGUCUCAUCUGUGGGGAGUGCCUGGGUUUCCACAGCAAGCCUCAGUAUCGCCACGACUACUCCUCCUCAUAAUCCAAAUGUGCAAAAUGCCUUCGACCACGUUAAAUGUUCAGCAUUAGUUCUGUUGCAUGCCUCUGCUGUAUAUAACUUUAUCCUGUCUGUUUUUAAUGGGAUAAUAAAUUGUGACUCUUGUUUCAUUUUAA